AUGGCCGAGCAAGGCGGCGGCAUGGGGCUCCUCUUCCCAGCCAAGGCAACAAGCUCCUGGUCGUCCAUCGUGACAACCUGCAUGGGCAAGGACAUGGGAGGGUGCUACGCACGACAGAUCUUCCAGAAUCUUCACGGCUGGACGGACGAGGGCGGGAUGGUGGCGCCGUUGGGCACUGUGGUGGCGUCGACGGAUGGACGAACUAGCAAGGAUGAUGCAGAUCUCUCUCCUGAAGAUGGGUACCUCAUUGUGAUUGAUGAUGUAUGGACAAUAGCUGCGUGGGAUGCUAUCCGAUCCACGCUGCCAGACAACAACCUCGACAGCAGAAUCAUGGUGACCACUCGGAUAGAUGCCGUGGCCGUAGCAUGCAGUGAUGCUAGUGAAAUUUGUGGAGACAACAUCUAUCACAUCGAGCCCCUCAAUCCAGAAGACUCCAAGAAGUUGUUCCUCAGCAGAGCAUUUGGCUCCAAGGAUGCCACUUGCCCCACAGAGCUGGAAGGUGAAAUGAACAAAAUUCUGAAGAAAUGUGGUGGGCUGCCAUUGGCCAUUGUCAGCAUUGGCAGCCUUUUGGCCAGCUAUAAAUCACCAGAGCACAAGGAUAUGUGGGACAGAGUUUGCAAGUCAAUUAGUUAUCAUAUGGAUACCAAUCCCACCCUUGACGGGAUGAGGCAGAUACUCACACUCAGCUACGACCACCUGCCCUAUCACCUCAAGGGUUGCAUGAUGUAUCUUAGUAUUUUCCCGGAGGAUUUUCUCAUCAACAAGGAUCGGCUAGUAUACAGAUGGAUCGCUGAAGGAUUGAUUGAGGAGAAGCGGGGGAUGACCCUAUUGGAGGUUGCGGAAGCCUACUAUGACGACAGCUCACUAUGGGGCAUGAUUAAUCCUGCUGGUGAAAUAAUUAGCCAUGUCUAUGGAGCUGUGGACACAUGUCGGGUGCAUGACUUGAUGCUGGAGGUCAUGGUGUCCAAAUCCUUGGAGGCCAACUUUGUCAGCCUGAUAGGGGGGCAGUAUGAUGGGAUGUCCUAUGACACAAUACGCCGCCUCUCCGUCCAUGGUGGUGCGCAGAUGCCCAAGGAAUCUCCAUCCAAGAAGGACUCUCCAUCCAAGAGACCCAAGGAAUCUACAUCCAAGAAAAUGGUUAAGAAGAAUGACUUAAAAGACAUUAAUGUGCAGCAUGUACGAUCACUAAGUAUGUUUCAGCUCGAAGGGAACAAGCAGCUGCUUGAUCGUCUGGGUGAGUUCACCCUGCUGAGAGUACUUGACCUGGAAGAUUGCAAGGGCGUAGAAAACAAGCAUAUGGGCCACAUCUGUCGGAUGUACCUUCUGUGGUAUUUGUCCCUGAGAGGUACAGAUAUCAGUGUGCUGCCUCCGAAAGUCUGUGAUCUGGAGCAUCUGCUGACACUUGAUGUACGUGCCACCGGCCUUGCUAGACUUCCAGAAACUCUGAUAAAACUAGAGAAACUUGAGCGCUUGUUCUUCUCCCAGAAGGAUGUUUGGUCGACCAUGUGGAAGCCACCUCAGGGUCUCUGGAAAAUGAAGGCGCUGCGGGAGGUGGGUUGGGUAUUGCUGGAAGAUGAUGCUGUUGAGGUUGCCCAAGAGGUAGGUGAACUAGAAAAUUUGCAAAGGUUAAGUAUCUACGUCGAUUGUGAGAAGCCCAAUGGUCCCAAGGUUCUUGAAGAGCUUGCCCUGUCCCUGAGCAGGACGCACUCUCUCCGGUCGCUCGACAUGGGGACCAUGAGUUAUGAGGCGAAUGCAUUGAACUUUCUCCUUGAGCUCCCCUCUCCGCCGCGCCUCCUCCGAUUCCUCAGGAUCGCUGGUGGCAUUGACAAAUUGCCCAACUGGGUUGAAUCACUCACAUAUCUUGUUGAGUUUCACAUGUCAUGGGCACACUUUAUCGAUGACCAACUAUUUGGGGUUCUGUGUAAGUUGCCCAACCUGAAGAGCAUCUGGAUGCAGCGGAACUGCUACACCGGUCUAGAGUUGGUUGCAUGCGCUGCGCACAACUUUCCGGCGCUCAAGAAUCUCAGAGGGACCUGUGAUCAGGAAAUGCCCAGAGUCUACAAAUUUGAGGAAGGAUCCAUGACAAAGCUGGAGAAACUUUCACUGAAUUUCGACAACUGGAGUGAGAAGAGCAUUGUGGGCAUCGAGCACUUGACGAGCCUUAAAGAGGUGCAGCUCGCAGGUAAGAGAGGGAACCCUGCACUGGACCGGACUCUGGAGCUGCUAAAGGCGGAGAGUGGGAGGCACCCCAAUCAUUUCACAGUUGGAGUGAAGUACGACUGACCUCGUCGCUCUGCUUCCUUGCUUGCUGUAAGUUUGUUGCUUGUCACCCUUGUUGUUUCUGUUGGUCGUUGUGGUGUGGUUGCUUCUUGCGUUGUAAAAGCUGGAGCAUCCAGCAGUUUAAGCAUUGUGAUUUGUAAUAAACAAUAAACCUGGACCAAUUGGACUGUGGAUAUCUUCAACCGGUUUGGAUGGCGGUCAUGUAAUAGGAUAGGCAUUUAGUAUCCCUAUCUAGUUUUAGCCAGCCGGUUGUGGCGUCUUUUCUUGGCUAGUUGAUGUUUCUAGCCCUCGUUGGCUGUGUGUGAGCUUUAUGUGCUUUUUUAUUACUUUAUGAGACCUUUGGAACCAUGUUGGCACUACUUUAUUUGGUUAAUAAGAUGGCCGUAUGUAUCUAUCUGAUGCAGAGGCCGGGGA